GCUGCUCAUGACCUGGAUCCACGUCAGCCAAAAUGGAUCACGACUUGAUUACUUGCAACAAUCAGGCUCACUCACCCCUCUUACGUCUCCCUGCCGAAGUCCGCAACAGGAUCUAAGAGGAUAGCCUGGGUGGCCGUGAGAUCGACGGCGGAUAUUGGUCAACAGCUGAUGCGAGGCGAAAGUUGUCUAUGCAGCUCAAGAUGAUCGCAGCUUUACACUACACCUGUCGCCAGAUCCAGUCCGAGACACGGUUCAUGCACUUCGCGCUCAACACCUUCAGCAGUCAUCUCUACGACUUCCUUCCGCUGACAGAGCUGAUACGCUGUUCUGCACACGAGCACAUGAAAGAGGUGCGGCUGCAUAUGACGGGGUACCAAUUCGAUUUAUGGAUGAAGCCGAUCAUGGGUACUACUGUUUUUCAGGACAUUGGAGAUACGCUACGUGUGCUAAAAAGUUUGAAGAAGCUCGAGCGAAUCACGAUUCUAUUAUUUGAUGAUGUUACGGACGAGGAUAGAGAGCAGCAGGCUUUGAUCAAGGCCAAGCAUGAAUUCGAGCAGGACCGCAUAACUUCGCAGGAUGUCAAGAUCGUAGUCGAGAGGGCCUUGGACGAUGAUGUGAACUAAGAGAAAGGUUUCAAGUAUAGACUACAAUAGAACUGGGAGAGGGACUUGCCUGUAGAACCAUGACUGAACAUGGCAAGAAGCAGCUCCUAGGUUCUAAGGGAUUU